AUGACAGACAAACAAAUGGAAUUAUAUUAUCAUACCCUUCAAGAGGAAUCACAAAACCGAAUUGAAUUUAUUCAGAAAGAAUAUAAUAGAAUAAAAAAUGAACUUAACUUAAAAGAUCAAGAAAUACAAAUAUUAAAAGAGGAAAAUGAGAAAUUAAAAGAAGAAAGUGAAAAAUGUCACAAACCAAAAGUUUGUGAUUUAAAAUUAACAGAAGAAGAACUUAAAUAUUUUAAAGAAUGUAUUAUAAAAGUUGGAUUAAGUUAUGAUGAUAUUAAGGAUUUAGAAAUUCCAUCUGCAUGUAAUUCUGAGAAAUUAAAAAUAUUAUUAGAAAUGAUUAAUGACAUAAACAAAAAUUAA